GUUAGUCACUCGUCGUCAAGGAUACUGUGCGUUACAUAUUCUGCUAGAGCUCGCGACCAAAGAAAUGCUAUGUUUAAACUGUCCGUUGCCCCAGUAACGUGACCAGCCAACGUAAAAAAAACCAUAACUCGUGGAAAAAAAGAACAAACUAACUGUGGAAAAACGAAAAGAAACUCAGUCAUUAUUACACUCUAUUGCCAACAAUUCUGAGAAAUAUUUACAUAUCCUACUGGCCCUAUACAUACAAACAUAUAAGCGGGCCCAAGAAGUGUCCUGAACAGCAAGAGCCUUACACUGGCGAACGCUAAUGCAUUUUGCUAAACAGAGAUAGACUCAAAAGGAAAAAUCUACAACAACAACCCAUAGCUGUUAGAACGUAGAAGCAGCAGCAGCAGCAGCAGCAGCGACAACAAAAACAGCAACAGAAACUAGAAAUGACGCCUAACAUCUAGCCAAAGUUCCUAGACUUGUGCUAAAAUCGUAACAGAAAUUCAAAUGUGAAAAGUAGUCGAGAAUGAAAGCUCAAAGGAUUAACAUGCUUUCCACCAGCAAGGAUCUAAACUAGAGACAAUUGCCAGACAUUGGAACAUUAGUGAUAUUGGAACAUUAGUGUGUGGAACAACAGUGCCAGAAUAUAUCAAUGACAAUUUAAAGCAAAUAAUUCGAUUUUUUAAUUUUUAUUUUUAUUUGAGUUUUGAUUUUUUAUUAAAAAAAAAAACGAAAAGUGUUUUGAUUUUGUUACAUUUCUAAAUUUCAAAUCAAAGUGCCAUAAACUUUUUGCUGAACUACAAUUAAGACUGAGGCAGAAAACAAGGAUUUCUAUUUGCAACAAAAAUUGUAGAAACAACAAAAUGGCUCCGCAACAAAAUUCCACACUUAUCGAUGAAAAUCUUGAUGUUAGUCCUUCGUUGAUUAAUAUACCCGAAGAAAUUAGUCGUUAUAGUCCCAUAUUGCCGCCAAAGAACCAACGAAAUCACGAUAAGAAUAACAACAACAACAAUCAUAGCAAGAACCACAACAACAACAUCAACAACAACAAUAUUAAUAACAAUAAUGACAACAACAAUCAUCAACAAGAUGUCAACUUUGUACGUAAUUGGGAACAAACGGAAAGGGAAAAACGUCAUUUUCACAAAUACAAACACCAGCGCAGCGGAAGUUAUCGCAGCGGCUGCAGCCGACGUAGUCGUUCCAUUUCGUUGUACGGCGUAAAUAGUACAAUUGAACAAGGUCAUAAGGAAAUCACGAUUUGGCUUGGCGAUGAACCCCGUUACGUUUCUGGUGUUACAAAUAAAACAACAUGCAAUGACAUAAUCAAAGCUUUGAUUGAUGAUGAGAUCCGUUGUGGCAAUUAUGAAUACUGUCAACGUUUAAAAGAUGGUACAGCAUCGCGUGACUACAGCGAUUACGUUAUAACGGAAUGUUGGCGCGGUAUUGAACGCAGCUAUGAUGGCAAUAUGGCGAUACUGCCCGUGUGGAAAGCCUGGAGUCGUGUACACAAUGAGAUUCGUUUAAGUUUGAAACAUCACAAAGACAUACAAGAUCCUAGCAAAGCGUUCAAAAGUAACACCACCCUAACCUGUAUACGCAACUACAUUUGUAAGCUAUUGAAAUUUGGACGAAAGAAAUCCAACAAAAAGAAAAACCAGCAAAAAUUAUCAUCCAAUAAUGGCCAGAAAACGAAGACAAACGAAACAAAUUCCGGCAAAGACAAUAAUGGGAAACUACUGGACAAACUAAUACCAGAUUCUGCUGAGAAUGAUACCAAUGGGGUUGAUUUGAACGGGCUAAAUACGAAUCUAAAGCCGUCGAAGGAGCAGUCAGAUGUGAGAGCCAAAAACAAAGUCAACAAAGAGAAACUAUAUCGUUUAUCCGAAAAUCGUUCAUCGCAACGUAAACGCCGAAGCCAUCGACGUAAAGAGAAGCGAAGUAGUAGUACCGCCCAUGAUAAAAUAUCCAACGCCGAAUGUAGCAGCAAUUAUUUGCGAAGACGUAAAGACUCCACCAUUCGCAGUUCGGUUCGCAGUAAACUAGCUCAAAAGAAUGCCCAAAUGAAUGAACUAUACGAUCGGGAAUAUGCUCUGACCAAAGAACUAACCAAUAAAUGCAAACUCUAUAAGUUACAAAAUGAACUGUAUACUGCCGCAGACAAAGAUCUAGAAAUGUCAGUGGGACAAAUUCAGGAAAACAUUGAAGCCUACGCUAGGGAAAUCAUACGCACCGAACAUGAGCUACUCGAGGUCAAAAAGGAAAUCAAACAGGAUAUAUCGAUAAUAAACAAUCUAAAACGUCUGACAUUGGAAACCAAUCCAAAUGAAUGCGGUGUCCCCGUCGACAUUGAGAAGUUGUUGAAGCCAGAAGCGCAACCCCUACCCACCCCCAUUGACACUGCCGAACCCAAAUGCAACGAACAAAUGUUAUUUGUUGAUAAUAUUUAUGAAUUUUGUGACAAUAACGCCAGCAUGUUGGUUUAAAUCAACUCCACGGUGUGUCUACAUACCCACAUACAUGUAUAUGUAAUAGCAUAAAAUGUCUAAUGCCGUCGAAGAAUUGCCAAUUUAGUAUUUAAGAUUUGUUAAGUUUAUUUAUAUUUUAGUACAUAAGUUUUUUACAUUGUUUAAAUAAAACGAAAAAUUGUA